AUGUAUCAUAUUGUAAUACUAAUUUUAUCAAUUUCAUUAUAUUAUUAUUACAAUAUGUCUACUGAAAUAGAUUUUGAUCAAUUAAUUAAAAAUCAGUCAUAUCCAAGUUGGAAAACUACACCAGAAGAAGUUGUUGAAAUUUCUAGAAAAUUGGCUGAUUCAGAAACAAAAUUAUUUGAUCAAAUUGCCAAUAUUACUGAACCUACGUUAAAUAAUGUAUUGAAACCAUUUGCAAUUAAGGCUAAUAAUGAUGGAUUUCCUGAAGGUCAAGCUACUUUUUAUCAACAUGUAUCUACUAACAAAGAAUUAAGAGAUGCGUCAACGCAAGGUGAAGAAAUCAUUGAAAAAAAUUCAAUUGAACAAUGGUCAAGAGAAGAUGUUUAUAAAAUAUUUGAUAAAUUAUAUAAAUCAAUAGAUGUUGAUUCAAUUGAUGGUGAAUCUAAGAGAUAUUUAGAUAAGAUUAUUACUGCAUUUAAAAGAAAUGGGUUGGCAUUAGAUAAAGAACCAAGAGAAAAGGUCAAAAAAUUACAAGUUGAAUUAAAUAAUUUACAAGUUCAAUUUUCAAAGAAUUUAAAUGAAGAUAAAGGAUAUGUGGCGUUUACAAUUGAAGAAUUAGAUGGUGUUCCACAAGAUGUAAUUGAUUCAUAUGAAAAAUUAGAUGAUGGGAAAUUAAAAGUUAUAUUUAAUUAUCCUGAUAUAAUUCCAUUAUUCAAACAUGCAAAUAAUUCAAAUACUAGAAAAGUUGCAAAUUUAGCAUAUUCAAAUAGAGUAUCUGAAAAUGAUCCAAUUUUGACCGAAAUUAUAAAAAUUAGAUUUAAAAUUGCAAAAUUAUUAGGUUAUGAAACUUAUUCUGAUUAUGUAUUGGAAGAAAGAAUGGCAAAGACAAAAUAUAAUGUUUUAAAUUUCUUGAAUGAUUUAAGAGAGAAAUUGAAACCAGUAGCAAGUAAAGAAUUGGCCACUUUAAAAGAAUUUAAAGCUGAAGAUUUAAAAUCUAGAGGUUUGGAACCUGAAGAUGAAUUAUAUAGCUGGGAUUAUAACUAUUAUAAUGAAAAAUUAUUAGAAAGAAAAUAUCAAGUUGAUAAUAUUAAAAUUGCUGAAUAUUUCCCAUUAGAAUCAACAUUGGAUAAAAUUAUGAAUAUUUAUGAAACUAUUUUCGAUAUCAAAUUUGUCAAAAAUAAAACAUCAGAUCCAAAUGCUGUAUGGCAUGAAGAUGUUCAUCAAUUUGCUAUCUACCAAGACAUCAAAUCCGGUAAACCUGAAUUCUUAGGUUGGUUAUAUAUCGAUUUACAUCCAAGAGAAGGUAAAUAUGGGCAUGCAGCUAAUUUUGGAUUAGGUCCUGGAUUUGAAGAAGAAAAUGGAGAUAGACAUACUCCAAUCACAUCAUUAGUUUGUAAUUUUACAAAACCAACAAAGGAGAAACCUUCAUUACUUCAACAUAGUGAAGUUGUUACAUUAUUACAUGAAUUAGGUCAUGGAUUACAUUCACUAGUUUCUAAAACUAAAUAUGCUAGAUUUCAUGGUACUAGAGUUGAAAGAGAUUUUGUAGAAACACCGUCACAAAUGCUUGAAAAUUGGUGUUGGAAAAAAGAUCAAAUUAAACAAUUAUCAUCACAUUAUAAAACUGGUGAACAAAUUAGUGAUGAUUUAAUUGAUUCAUUAAUUAGAUCAAAGAAAGUAAAUGUUGGUUUAUUUACAUUACGUCAAUUAUUCUUUGGAUUAUUUGAUAUGAAAUUACAUACAAUUGAUAAAGAAUCAGAAUUGGAAAAAUUAAGUUUAUUUGAAAUUUGGAAUCAAUUAAGAGAAGAUGUUACAUUAUUACCAAGUGAUAACAAUCCAACCAAAGGUUAUAGUUCAUUUGGUCAUAUUGCUGGUGGUUAUGAAAGUGGAUAUUACGGGUACUUGUACUCUUUAGUUUAUGCUGCUGAUAUUUUCCAUACAUUAUUUGAAAAAAAUCCAAUGAAUGUUGAAAAUGGUAUUAGAUAUAGAGAUAUAAUUUUAAAACCAGGUGGUUCAAAAGAUAUAAUGAAUAAUUUAGAAGAAUUAUUAGGUAGAAAACCAAAUUCAGAUGCAUUUUUACAAGAAAUAUUUGGUUAA